AGUCAACAAACUCCAACGAGAUGAACAAUCAAUCUUCAUCUCAGAAUCAAAACCCCACAACCCCAUCAUCUAAAAUCUCAUCUCUAAACUAUUACCACCCAUCUCCAUCACGCACCAUCUACAGCGACCGCUUUAUCCCUUCUCGAUCCGCCUCCAAUUUCGCUCUAUUUGGUAUAUCUCCUCCGCCGACGUCCGACGGAGGCCAUGGAGAUGACACUUCUUCUUCUUCCUCCAACUACACUGCUCUUUUGAGAAACGCAUUGUUUGGACCAGAUCUGGGCUUUGUUCCUCCCAGUACGCCUGAUAAGAAGAACUUUACGAUCGCUACUACUACUCCGGUAAGCCGAAAUAUUUUCCGUUUCAAGAGUGAGACUAGGCAGUCUCUGCAUUCGUUGUCUCCGUUUGGCGUUGAUAAUCAGUUGCCUGGGGUUAGUCAUAGACCUGCUAAAUCUCCAAGAAUAGUUCCCAGGUCUCCUUAUAAGGUUUUGGAUGCACCAGCAUUGCAAGAUGAUUUUUACCUUAAUCUUGUAGACUGGUCUUCUCAUAAUGUCCUGGCUGUGGGAUUGGGCAAUUGUGUAUAUUUAUUGAACGCCUUUAGCAGUAAGGUUACCCAGUUGUGUGAUUUGGGUGUUGAUGACACCGUCUGUUCGGUUGGGUGGGCUCACCAGGGAACGAGUCUUGCCGUUGGUACUAGCAAUGGAAAAGUCCAGAUAUGGGAUGUGUUUCAUUGUAAGAGAGUAAGAACCAUGGAAGGACACAGAUCACGUGUUGGAGCCCUAGCUUGGAGUUCAUCUAUGUUAUCUUCAGGAAGCCGGGAUAAAAGUGUUCUUCAACGUGAUCCUCGUGCACAACAAGAUUUUGUUAGUAAGCUAAAUGGUCAUAAAUCAGAGGUGUGUGGACUCAAGUGGUCUCAUGAUAACCGUGAACUAGCAUCUGGCGGAAAUGAUAAUAGGCUUUUUGUUUGGAACCAACAUUCAACACAACCUGUUCUGAAGUACUGUGAGCACACGGCUGCUGUGAAAGCAAUUGCGUGGUCCCCACAUCUUUACGGACUUCUAGCUUCUGGCGGCGGCACAGCUGACCGUUGUAUCCGUUUUUGGAACACAAGCACCAAUUCUCACCUGAACUGUGUGGAUACUGGUAGUCAGGUAUGUAAUCUUGUUUGGUCAAAGAAUGGCAACGAACUUGUGAGCACCCAUGGAUACUCUCAGAACCAAGUUAUAGUAUGGAGAUACCCUUCUAUGUCAAAGCUGGCAACUCUUACUGGGCAUACAUAUAGAGUUCUCUACCUUGCAAUCUCACCUGAUGGUCAGACGAUUGUGACUGGAGCUGGGGAUGAAACCCUUAGAUUCUGGAAUGCGUUUCCUUCUCCUAAAUCGCAGAAUAGGGAGAGCAAGAUUGGAGCAUCAUCAUUUGGAAGGACACAUAUACGUUAAUCAAUUUUGAUGAAAGAGAAGUUGUCUUCGUCGGUUAUAUCUUAUAACUGACGAGACGAUAAGGAGAGGUUUGAGAAUCAGAGGCAAAAAAGGCUCAUAUUUUAAAGAGCUUUGUGAUUCGAUAUAAUCAAGCACCCUCAUUCAGGCUUCAUGGUCGAUUUGGAUUUUGUGUAAAUAACUUUAUCUAACCAGGAGCAGUGAAUACGAGCGUU